AUGCGAUUAUGGUAUGCAUGUCGCCAAUGUCUGUCUUUCUCUCUGACACUCUCUCUGUCACUUUCUUUCCCUUUUUCUUUCACUCUCUCUCUCUCUCUCUGUCACUUUCUUUCUCUCUUUAUGUCUGUCUGUCUGUUUCUCUCUGUCACUGUCAUUUUCUAUCUUUCUUUUACUCUCUCUCUCUAUCACUUUCUCUCUCUGUCACUUUCUCUCUUUGGGUCUGUCUGUCACUCUCUAUCUCGGUCACUCUGUAAUUUUUUCCUUUCUUUCUUUCACUUUCUCUCUCUCUCUCUGUCACACUCUCUCUGUCUUUCUGUCAUUUUCUUUCUCUCUCUCUCUCUCUGUCACUCUCUCUCUCUCUGGCACUGUCAUUUUCUAUCUCUCUUUCUUUUACUCUCUCUCUGUCACUUUCUUUCUUUCUCUCUCUCUCUAUCUCGAUCACUCUGUCACUUUUUCACGCUUUAUUUCACUUUCACUUUCACUUUCUCUCUCUCUAUCAAACCUUCUUUCCCUCAAUUUAUUUCUCUCUCUCUCUCUCUCUCUCUCUCUCUCUCUGUGUGUCUGUCUCUCUCUCGGUCACUGUCAUUUUCUCUCUCUCUCUCUUUUACUCUCUCUCUCUCUAUCACUUUCUCUCUCUCUCUCUCUGUCACUUUCUUUCUCUCUAUCUGUCACCCUCUAUUUCAGUCACUCUGUCCUUUUUUGCACUCUUUCUUUCACUUUCUCACUCUCUGUCACACACUCUCUCUUUUUGUCACUUUCUCUCUCUCUGUGUUACUCUCUCUUUCUGUCACUUUUUCUUUCUCUUUGUCGAACCUCCUUUUCUUCAUAUAUGACACAUAUUAA